AUGUUCACUCAUCUUGGAACAUUGGGGAAUUCACCCAACAUGUGGUAUUGGUGCAAAAACCAUUUUAGUGAGUCGAUUGUGAACACUAAUUUUCAAGAUGGUAUUAAAGAAAGAAACUUCUAUAACAUGUCAAGCAUAACUCAAUUCUGGAAGUUCGCAGAGACUGUAAUGAUCGACAGUAUUUACGGGAAAUCCGAAAAUGUUACGCAUCAAGCAUUUGUGUUGCAAGAUAAUAAGCUGGUUGGAGUACCACGCCUACGACAGGUGAGAGUGAAAAAUGAUUCGUGCGUAGUACGUCAAUCAUUAAAUCGAUCAACCGAAGUAUGUUAUGAAUCAUAUUCACGUUGGUACGAAGAUACAAAACCAUUUGGGCCAGGAAAUGGAACAGC